UUUUUAGAAAACGUUAUACCAAGCUAUCAGAUGGUGUUAUUUUUCAAUACAGAUUAGACAUCGUAGUGCGGAAGAAAUGUGUUGAAUAGCAUGCAAGCGAUGAUGAACAUGGUUGGAAAGCUUUCUCAGUUCCAAGCCUGCAUCUCAUCUUCAAGGACCAAUGCCUAGAAUCAACAAGACCGUGGUUCUUGCCCUACUCAUUGCAACAAGCUCGAUAUUUCUGCUAUUCCAGUUGUAUUAUUACCGACAAUACAUAUCAAAGAAUGGACUACAUGUUUUCGGUGGUAAAGGGUCCUUGACAGGCACUGAUGCACAAAGGCACCUGAUAGUGAAGUUCCUUGGGUUGGUGCACAAGUAUAGCCUGCCUGUCUUCAUGGUGGACACUGCCUCACUGGACCUGCUCUCUCACGAUGCUCUUCUGCUGAAGGAGAGCAAGUUGAAAGAACCCCACUGCAUGUUCCUGUGUACCCACAGAGAGUUCACAUCCUUUGCCCUCCUGGGAAACCUCUGGAAGUACGAUGUCGGUCUGAUUGAAGCAGCUGAGGAACGGGGUAUGGAGGUCCUCGAGAUACGAGGGAAGGACCCCCGACUCGUCAGCAUGGACGACCUGGCAGGAAAUGACAUCCCCCUCCACUUCCUGUUCAAGAUGAAUGGCCGGCUGGUGCAUCUGGUGGUCCUGUACGAGCGCAGUGGAAACUAUCUAUGGCACGGCCCCCUCAGACUGAAACCUAGCAUGGACAGAAGGUUUGCCCCCUUUAAGAAGCUGGAUUUUGGGCGCUACGCUGGGGCGUACAAUAGGCCUGAAUUGGUCCUGACAACGUUGGAUGGGCUGGACGUGCGAAUCCCACGAAACUUCUCAUAUUUCCUGAAAGAACAUUCCGAGGCACGUUUCCUCGAGUGCCCCUUUAGAGAGGCCCGUGCAUUCUACCAGCUGUAUCCAGAUGACCUGUCACCAGAGGCCAUGGACUUCAGGAUGAAGGCCAAGAGUCUGCUGCACCUGGCCGCUAGAACGCUGUACGAGCUUGGAGUUCCCUUUUGGCUCAGUAGUGGAACCUGUUUAGGCUGGUUCAGGCAGUGCAGUAUAAUACCCUACAGUAAAGAUGUAGACCUGGGGAUCUGGAUCAAGAACUACAGACACGACAUCACACACGCGUUUCAGAAAGCAGGGCUCCCACUCAAACACAAGUUUGGAAAGGUCGAGGACAGUCUGGAGCUGUCCUUCCAAGGCUUAGAUGUGAAGCUGGACAUCUUCUUUUUCUAUGAUGAAGGAGAGACCGUGUGGAAUGGAGGCACGCAGGCGAAAAGUGGCAAGAAAUUCAAAUACGUGUUCCCCAGAUUUCAGCUGUGCUGGACAGAGCUACUGGAGCUGAAGGUGCGGGUGCCGUGUCAGACUCUGGACUACGUGCAGGCCAACUACGGCUCCGACUGGAAUGUUCCGGUAAAGGCCUGGGACUGGAAGAGCUCUCCACCCAACGUGCAGGAGAACGGUGUGUGGCCUGUGCGUGAGUGGGACGAGGUCAUCCAGGUCUACUGAGAACUGAGAAUGUUCUAUUGCUGGCAAUAGAUGUGGUACAAAAACAGCAUCAUGGCUGCUGCGGUAAUGAUAGACACUACAUUUCUGCAAAAAAGCUUCUCCAUUUAUGAACUGUGACUCGAAUCUGCGUGUUCAAGCCCUGUCAGAGUCCUCAUUAGUUCAAACAAUGUUCAAAUGCCUUAACAUAAGGCAGUGAUACACCUGCUAUUCACUCCCUCCCUCUUGCACAUUACUUAGUAGUACCUCAAACAGGAGGGGGACAAACGUGCACUGCACUAAGAUAUCAAUUAAAUGGCUAUAAUUUAUUUGACUGAAAACAGUGAAUUUCAUAACUUUUUUUCUUUAUAUGUGUAUAUAUAUGUAUGUCUUAACACUGUAUUUGUGUAAUUUUGAACAUAAAUAUGGAUAGAUGGUGGUAUAAUGUUGAUUAUGUAAAUGAUAAAAGGAGCUCUGGAAAUAAUGAAUAACUGCAGUAUUUGAUGUGAUGGUUUGGUGAUCCAUGCUACGUGUUUGGAUGUGAGGGUCCCAGCACAGACUGUAAUCUGAAGAGGCCCUAGAGAUGAAGGAAAUGUAGAUUACAACUAAAUAUGACACUAGCAAAACCUGAUUCUGUAUCAUUCUGUAUUUCUUCUCUGCAACAUGUACAGUAACAGGAAUGGGCAUAUCUGUUUCAGUGGGCUCCUGUUGCAUGCUAACUAACCCAGUUAAAUGUGUUCUAAAUAAUGAUGUGUAUUAUUUGUCAUAAUGUUCCUUUUUGACAAAAUUUGACUUUCACAUCUCAUCAUGACCCAUGUUCAGACCACUACAGCACUAAAAAAAUAUUAUCA